UUUUUUUCUCCAUAGGUACCAUACCACCUGGAAGCCAGGUUGUUGCUAUGGGCAGACAUAAGUUACCAUGACAUGGAGCUGAUUGACCAAAUGCAAUCCGUUCCUGAUCUGGAAAGAAUCCUGUGCAGCCUGUUGUGUGCUGGCCUCCCCGAACCAAAAAAAGAGGUCCUGCUGGAACUAUAUGUGCAAACGGUUUAUUUUUGCAGAGAACAUAACUUAAAUAAGGAGCAAACAUCUACACUUUUGUCCAUCAUCAAGUCCAUCCAUGAAGCCAACACUGAAACUCCGUUCAAUAACUCUAGGGAGUGUCUCAAAUACUGCCAUGAUCUUCUGCUGUGUCACUCAAUCAGGAGACCACCUUUCUGCAUCAACCUGUUCAGCUUCGAGGAGGCGAAUUGUGUUUUAAAAUACAUCCAGGACCACUACAUGAAAGACUACAAACUCUACAAGUACAUAUUCACACCAAAGGUCACACUUGAUCUUUCUCUGAUUUAUUCUGGGACUACAGACAUGGAAUCAUCUUCUAUAAAGGAUUCCUCUGUGCCAGAUAACCGUUUCUCUCCUUCACCUGGACUCAAGCUGGAGGUAAAAUGAUGGCAAAGGUUUGCUCUGCACCAACAAACAUAAAGUUUCUAAAAAAUAAUAAUCCAAGAGCAACAUAGAUAGGUGGAACGUUCCUUUAAGGCAAUUAUUAUGUAACAUAAUAUUGCGGAUCCAGACAUUUGAAGUGAGAAAGCUUCCUGGAGAGGUGGCGAAACAUCUUCAAAUCUUGGAAACCAAGUCCAGUGGAUAUUUUUUGAGCUUUUACGGAAUGACUAUGACCUGGAUGACUGAGAAUCUUCAUCAGCGUAACAGAAUAUUACAGGCGAUGUGAUGAGGAAGAAGAAAAUCAACAAACGUUUGACUGAAAGGAACUCUAGAGAAUAUUUUUGCAGUUUAUUAUUAUGCCUUUAAGGCUAUAUGAAACAAAGCCUUAUAAUGAAUUCAACUUUUAGCCAUUGACGCUUUACUGUAAUUGCUUUGCAAACCUCUGUUUCUACUGGAUGGCUGUUAUUGUUGCAGAAUGCUGGAACAUGUAGGGAGAGAGAUUUUUUACCAAAAGUCUAAGAA